AUGUCUCAACAACUAAGCGCUUCACUUUUGAGGCUAAAGCUCUUAGACGCCCUUCGUGCCGGGGAUGAAGCAAAAAUUAGCUCUGUUAUCAAAGAGCUUGACUCGGUAGAUUCAGUCGUUGAUACCACUGAAUUGGUUCGCUUACGAGAGACGGUUCUUCACUAUGCUGUCCAGGUCGCCCCACUAUCUACCAUCCAGGAUUUAGUAAAUGAUACUACCUACCAGUUUGAUGUUAAUGCCCAAGAUACAGAUGGAAAUACUCCAUUGCACUUGGCAGCAGCAGCUUCCCGCUUUAAUGUUGUGAAAUAUUUGCUUUCAUUACCUGAUAUCAACGAUACAGUUGUCAAUGCCGACAAUCAACAGCCAGUGGAACUUGCCAAGGAUCCGAACAUCGCUCAAUUGAUGCAAUUUGAAAGAGCAAAAUUCGUGGAGAAAUCUGCAACCCAGUUACGCCAGUUCUUUAGUGCUAGAGACUUUGAAAGCUUGGAACAACUCCUAGUCCUCAAUCCCCGCGCUGCUGAACUCUUAGAUAUCAACGGUGCUGACCCCGAGAGCGGAAAUACAGUGCUUCACGAAUUCAUCGGGAAAGAAGACUUCGAGAUGUGCGACUGGAUUCUCAAACAUGGUGGUGAUCCUUUCAAACGCGAUAAGAGAGGAAAGUUGCCCAUCGAUUUAGUCAGCAGAAACGAUCCCAUCAGGAAAUUAUUGAAGCAUGCUUCGAAAGACUCAAACAUCAUGGAUUCUGUCGUGAACUCAAGCAACCCAAUGAAGACUGGGAGCGCUCCAACCUACAAGGGCUAUUUAAGGAAAUGGACCAACUUUGCUUCAGGUUACAAGUUGCGCUACUUCGUGUUAGAUCAGUUUGGUAUUUUGUCUUAUUACGCUGACCAAGGUGAUACAAAUAAUGCAUGCAGAGGCUCCUUGAAUCUUGGUUUCGCAACGUUACAUCUUGAUUCUUCCGAGAAGCUCAAAUUCGAGAUCAUUGGUAAGAACGGAAUAAAGUGGCAUUUAAAAGCAAAUCAUCCAGUUGAAACUAACCGCUGGGUAUGGACUCUACAAAACGCUAUCACUAUUUCGAAAGAUAAUCUCAGGCAAAAGCGCAGAGGUAACAGCGAAGGUACAACUGCAAAUGAAUCUACCGCCAACCGCGAGUCUGUGGACGAUGGGGCCAGAUCUUCUCUUGAUGAAUCUGGGGUACAGGCAGGAGAAGAUGAAAAAAAGAAGCGCUUACUACACUUACCACGGCGCAACAAGCACAAAAAAAGUUCCAGUCAAGUCUCCUUGAAUUCAUUCACUGGCUCAGAUUAUGAUGAGCAAUCUUCAGUGACUGCAUCAGAUCAAAAGAGUGCCGUUGCUUCUCCUAAUUUAGGCCAGAUAAAGGAAAAUAAGCCGGCAGAACCGAAGAAGAGCUUGGACGGUGCUCAAUCAAUUGUGACAAAAGAGGAUUUUGAUUAUGAUCUUGAUCAUGAUUCCGAAGAUUCAGAAUCGCUUUCGGUUAUAAACGGUGUGAGCGAUCCGACUCUGGAGGACGCCACAAAGUUAUCGAGGGAUAGUAUGCUCGCGACGAAAAGAUCUCUUUUGAUAGAGAUAUCGAGUCUCUUGGAUCUUUUUAAAGCUAUCGGAGAUAAGAUUGAUACAGAGCCGUAUAAUGUGGGUCUCAAGACACUUUCUAAUGUUCACAGUUUGAUUGAGCAGUACGACCAGCUGGUACAAGGCCGUGAAAGCAAGCUUCUUAAACGUAUCGAGCGACAGGAUGAGAUUAACAAAUUGUGGGAAUCAUCAAUCCGUCAACUUGAAACCGAAAUCCAGAAACGUGAACAGACAUUGGCUCAAUUUGAAGGCAAGAAGUAUAGAAUUAGAAAGCUUCUUGAGUCGAGAGGUAUCUCAUCUCCACAAGUCUCUAAUGAGCUGGCAAAUGGAUUCUUUGGUGCUAAUCCACCAAAUGUUGCAUCGAAUGAGAACACCAAAGAGCCUGAGGGAGCUACUCACCGAGAAGAUUCGGCUUUGUUGGAAGAAAUCUUUCAUGAUUCAGAUGAUGAAUUCUUUGAUGCGGAUGAGUUUGAGGGACAUUCAGAUAGAGAAGUUACCAUAGGCGAUUCGGAAGCACAGACACGUGGUGCUGAUAUUUCGGAAACGCCUUCUAGUGGGGCCAUUGCAGGGACCGGCACCCUCGCAUCAGGCGCUGGUACCACGUCUUCCCAACCCGCUUCUCAUUUAUCAACAACUAAUGCACAGGAGCCAGAGUCACAGGGCCAAAUUGCACACGAAGCUGGAAAUGUCCAAGAGAAGAGUACGGAUGCCCCUUCGCAACCAGAACCUGAGGUAGCGAAGGAUAGAGAGGUAGCCAAUGAUGCUCAAGAAAGGGUGUUAAGCGCCUUGAUGGAAGAAGGCUCGUUUCUUGGGUACGAGAAACCUCCGAGAUCAAAGCUUGCUUAUGAUGAAGACAACAGACCAAAAGUGGGCUUAUGGGGUAUCUUGAAAUCUAUGAUUGGUAAAGAUAUGACGAAAAUGACACUUCCUGUAUCUUUCAAUGAAUGCACUUCAUUGCUUCAAAGGUUAGCAGAGGACAUUGAGUAUAAUGACUUACUUCAAAAAGCAGCGGCGAUUGAUGACUCGACUUUGAGAAUGGUAUACGUUGCAGCAUUUGCAGCUUCAGAGUAUGCAUCCACAAUCAACAGAAUUGCCAAACCAUUUAACCCAUUGCUCGGCGAAACUUUUGAAUAUGCUCGUCCUGAUCAAAACUUCAGGUUGGUGACGGAACAAGUAAGUCACCAUCCGCCCAUUAGUGCCUGCACGGCUCAGUCCCCAAAAUGGGAUUAUUAUGGUGAAAAUGCGGUCGAUUCUCAAUUUAAGGGCAGAUCAUUUGACUUCAAGCAUCUUGGUAAAAUGUUUUGUGUGGUGAGGCCUGACAACGGCGUAACUAACCAAAAAGGAGAAAAGGUCGAGGAAGAGUUGUACAGUUGGAAGAAAGUCAACACAUCAGUAGUGGGCAUAAUUAUUGGUAAUCCUACUGUGGACAAUUAUGGAAAGAUGGAAGUCACAAACCACACCACAGGAGACGUUAUCGUCGUUGAAAUGAAACAGAGAGGCUGGAAAGCAUCUUCCGCAUAUCAGUUAUCGGGCUACGUGCACGAUAGGAAAGGCAACACACACUGGGCAAUUGGCGGUCAUUGGAAUCUGAGGAUAUUUGCUCGUAAGGUAUCGGAAGUUUCGGACAAGGGUAGACGGGAUUCGUUGAUCGACUCCCAAGAGGACAAAUCCGGUGGGGAUCCCUACUCAGGUUCGAAAUUCCUCGUUUGGCAAGCUGCUCCAAGACCCAAGGUUCCUUUCAACUUGACUUCGUUCGCUUUAACCUUGAAUGACCUUCCCGAUUCGUUGAAACCAUGGCUUCCACCUACUGAUACAAGAUUAAGACCGGACCAAAGAGCCAUGGAAGAUGGAAGGUAUGAUGAGGCAUCCAACGAAAAACACAGGGUGGAAGAGAAGCAGAGGGCUGCUAGAAGGAAGAGAGAAGCUACACGUACCAGCUACAAACCAAAUUGGUUUGUUAAAGCGCAGCAUCCAAUUACUGGAGAUAGUUACUGGCAGUUCAACGAGAAGUACUGGAGGAUGAGGAAAGACAAGAACCUCGAAGGAACUGGUGAUAUAUUUUAG